UCUACCGUGUCAGAAUAUUUUGAAACAGUAAUUUCUUGAGCCUGAAACGCUGUUGUAAAGUAAUAAUUUGGAUGUUUUUGCUGAUACGUGAUUGGACACUGAAAGGGAUAAGAGAUGAAGCAGUUCACCUUAGUGAUCUGUGUGAACUGUAAGAAAAGCAGAAAUUCUCGUACCAGUUGUUUAACUGCUUAAUCCCUCCCUAAACACUGGGUGUAAUAAUAAGGGAAAUUAUGAAAGCUUUGCUGAAGAUAAAAAUGGUGUAUAAUGAUCCCAAAAGUGAGAUUUCUUGUCAGUUCCCUGUACUGAUUUUAACAAGUAAUUGCAAUAAACAGCAUUCUGUGGGUUAUAUGCCCCAGUUGUAAAUGGUACGCACUUUCCAUGUGGAAACAAGUGUACAGGUUGAAUAAUCAGCUCCUGAAAUGGCUUCUCUUCGGAUCUCACAUUUUUUUUGCCUAUACUUCCAAAAUGAUGCUUAGCCAGAGGGACUUCUGAGAGUUUCUCAGUGUUUGCUUUACCACACAAAGGUUAUAGUCAUCGCUGCUGCAAUGUCCUGGGUACAAGUUGCAGUCAACCAAUCCAGUGAGGAUAUAUUUGAUGAAGAUGCAGACGAAAUGUGUGUCGUACAGAAAGAAUGGAACAGCACCAUGAAGAAAAGAUUGAAGGAGGGCUUUAGGGAUGGUGUUGAGGCCGGGAAAGAACUUGCACUCCAGGAAGGCUUCAAUCAAGGUUACAGAGAGGGUGCUGAGCUGAUGGUUACAUGUGGCCAGUUCAGAGGAACCCUGAACGCUCUCUCAUCCUGGUGUCACCUUAAUGGACAUAAUUCUGCUUUAAGUAAGAUAAAUAAUCUUCUAGAUGUGGUUGGAAAGCAUGAAGAAGAUUUACUUAAGUGUCUGAAUUCUAUCCAACAACAGCCACAUGUUGGAGACAUUUUAAAUGCUGUUCAGGACAUGGACCUUAGUCAUACAGCUCCAGCUGGGACAAAGUAUGAUGAAGUUAACACUAGAAAAUAUGAACACGUUGGCAGCUCUGGUGAAAACUAUUCUAGAAAUAAGGGUGAGGAUGGUUCUUUGCAGUCUGAGUGCAACAAGGCAAAACUCUGUACAGAUCCUGAAAGGUCAAGCCUUGUUUGGGUUAAAAAGCAAACUAUUUCUCUAGUAGAGCAGCUGGGUUUAUCACUGGACGUACUCCAUCAUGUCCAGCAACUGGAACACUAGUUUUUCAGUUUCAUGGUAUUUAAAAUUAUCUCAGCUGGAUUGGAUUCCCAAUUUGAGGAUUACUUCACUUUCGGGAAGUCUGAUUCUGAUACUUCCCAGCAGAGGUUAUUUUUGUAAAUUUUACCUUGUUUCAGCUCGUGGCCAAAAAACACUUGGUUUUCUUCCUAAAUAUAACUUUCACAGAAAGGGAGAUAAUUUUAAAAGCUCUCCAAUGAUUUACAAUAAGCACGUCUCUAUUCUGUGACAGAAUCUGUCAUUUCACCUUCACUUUCUCUAUUGGUAUCCUUUCGGAAAUGGAUCAGGUCCCUUAAAAACCUCCUCAAAUAUACAAAAAAAAAAAAAAAAAAAGAAAAAAAUGCCCAGUGCUAUGGACAAAUUAUUAUUGCAGAAUAAGCUGCUGUUGAUGACAUUCUAACUAUGCACAACAGAACAGGAUCUGCUAAUUUCCAAAGUACUGUAACUCUCCUGGUUACUAUAUUUAAAAAAAAAAAAAAAAAAAAGGAUUUUUCCCACCUUUUGUCAAAUUCUUACUCUUGCCUUUUGUAACCACUAUGGAUUGCACUUUCACAGGUAAAAUUAUUUUUUUCCUUUUCAUACAGUUCUACUUAUUUCAGUUUUGCUGGAAGCCCACCCCUCUUCUCAAAUGCUGAACUACUGACAAUACAAUUAGUAUGCUGUUAGAACAGCAAAACAUCUGUUAUUACCCUGUUAAAACCCAUCUAUACAUUUCUAGUCUAAUCAGUUUUCUUGUGUUAUUUUGGUAUUUAUUUUGCAAGUCCUUCAACCUGUAACUCUCUUCCUAUCGUUCCCCCAGUUUUCCCCAAACUCUUAAAGGAAGACAGGCUUAUUCACCUUCUCUUAGAAGCAUGGUCAGCCACAGAUGCAUCUGACAACUUUGUAUUUCUGUGCCAACUUUAUGUAUUAGACUCCUUUUCCUGUCAUUUACCUAAACUGUAGCUGCAGAUUCCUCUGGUUAGGAAGUCUUGUCUUUGUGAAUACCUGUCUCUGUUUCAGAGUAAUUAAACUGAUUUACACUAAGUCA